GUCCGCCCUGGACCUCGAUCCCGCCCCGAGCGCGCGCCGCGUCGAUGAGGAGCCUGGGCCGGGGGCUGCGCCAGCACCGUCCCCUUCUGGCGUGUGCGAUCGCGAGGGAGACCGCGUGUAUUGGACGCUGCCACGGGGAAAGCGGAGCUUGAAGUCAAUGGCCCAAAAUGACUCUACCACUGGACACUCUCUGCCGUAAAGAAGACGAUCAGACAGGAGGCUGGGAUGAGCAUGCCACUGCAUCAGAUCUCUGCCAUUCCGUCUCAGGAUGCCCCCUCCGUUAGAGUAUACAGAAGUAAGACCAAAGAAAAGGAGAGAGAAGAGCAGAAUGAGAAGACUUUGGGACAUUCCACAAGUCAUUCAAGUAACAUUUCUAAGGCUGGGGGUCCUCCAUUGGCAUCUGCUCCAGUGUCUGCCUUCUCUCGUACUUCUGUCACGCCAUCCAAUCAGGACAUCUGCAGUUCCAGUGGAGUGUUUUCUGAGUGUUGUCAACACAGUCCUGUGCAGUCUGCUGUUGUCUUGAAAGCUCCUCAAUGCCAGAGUUCUCUGACACCAGGGCUCACUGUGACAGUUAUCUGUAAAGACACGUUACAGGCAUCAAAGAGCAAUUCCUGUGGUUCAGAAUGGGUUCAGGCCUUGAAGCCUGCUAAGAAUUCCAAAGACAGAAGAGCCCUAAAGAUCUCAAGGUCCCUAAACGACGUGGGUGAGAAGGUCCAGGACACUUUAGGGAGUUUUGACUAUGUGGAAAGAACUUGCUCUGAGGGCAAACUGAUCCUCCCUCAGGACCCAUGUCUCAGAAUUAACAGGUUCCAUCACAAAGACAGAAGACUCUUGAAUCGCAAACCUCUCAGCAGUUCCAAAUAUUCUUGUGCUUCAUCCCUUUCUGCCAAUCGUUCAGCUGCCUCAGCGGUGGAAGCUGGCAAAGGGGGCAUGCAUGUCCCACUCUUGGAAGAGAAGGCAGACGGCGAGGUGGCAUCCAGAAGCCGGCGGCUGCUUCGGUACCGGUUAUCACUCUCACACAGCUCCAGUACCAGCAGCCUGCACAGGUUCCAUGAGUUAGAAAGCUGCGCAGCUCACCUGCACACUGCCAAGUCCUCCAGUGGUCUGGCGGGAAGCAUGGGCUUCUGCUCUGAUGAAAUGGGAGAUGACGACGUCUUCGAAGACAGCACAUCUGCAAAACUGAAGACUCAGGCUAUGCGCGCACCCCUGUGCUCAGUGGAGAAGGACAGUGACCUGGAUUGUCCUUCUCCCCUCUCAGAAAAGCACCCCCCCAUCUCUCCUGGGUCCACAUCAGGGGAUGCCUGCAGGAUCUGUCACUGUGAAGGGGAUGAAGAGAGCCCUCUGAUCACCCCCUGCCACUGCACAGGGAGUCUCCACUUUGUGCAUCAGACCUGCCUGCAGCAAUGGAUCAAGAGCUCUGACACACGCUGCUGUGAGCUCUGCAAGUACGAGUUCAUCAUGGAAACCAAGCUGAAACCUUUGAGAAAAUGGGAGAAGUUGCAGAUGACAGCCAGUGAGCGAAGGAAGAUCAUGUGCUCAGUGACAUUCCAUAUUAUUGCCAUCACCUGUGUGGUCUGGUCCUUAUAUGUGCUCAUCGACCGCACAGCUGAGGAGAUCAAGCAGGGGCAGGCAACAGGAAUCCUAGAGUGGCCCUUUUGGACUAAAUUGGUGGUUGUGGCCAUUGGCUUUACUGGAGGACUUCUUUUUAUGUACGUUCAGUGCAAAGUAUAUGUGCAAUUAUGGAAGAGACUCAAGGCUUAUAAUAGAGUAAUCUAUGUUCAAAACUGCCCAGAAACAAGCAAAAAGAAUAUUUUUGAAAAAUCUGCACUAACAGAGCCCAACUUUGAAAAUAAAGAUGGACGUGGAAUCUGUCAUUCCGACACAAACUCUUCUUGUUGCACAGAACCUGAAGACACUGGAGCAGAAAUUGUUCACGUCUGAUUGUGUGGAGGGUGUAGUGCUCUUGGACAUCUGUGAACAGCUGAAGGAAAUUGUUUACUGCCAAUUGUGUACUUUUUCUUAUGUCCUCUAAUAGCAUAGACUGGGCAGGCAACUAGUUUCAAUGGCUUCUCUUUUUCUAAACCCUCCUUAGUGAAUCCCCUGGAAAGCCUUCACCGUGGCUGUGCCCAGUUGGUUGGGUUCCACCUCUGCAAGUGUCUGGGAAGAGAAGGUGGAAUAUCUACUGCCAGGACACCAUGAUGGGAUGCUGCCUGACUGGGUAUUUGCUUUUGGUCUUGAACAGAAUGAAAACAUGAAACAUGCCAGGGGAUGGCAGGAGCAGGGUGGUACCAGGCCCUGAUGUGCUGCCUCUUCCAGCUGGCAGCCAUCCCUCCCUACUGUAGAGAUGAGCGUUUGGGAGUCUAGCCAUGAUGAGAGAUUUCCCUCUGUACUCAGGAGAGCCUGGGGAAAUGCGCUCCUUCUGCCAAUGCUGCCACUGCCGUUUCUCACAAGCAGAUGGGCUGUGGUGCUCUGUAUAUGGUGGCAAUUAUUCACUAAGCAAACAGCACUUUAUAAAAAGAGAGUCUUUAUUUUGUAAUAUGUGUGUCCAGUGGGAUUGACAUGGAAAAGAACGUCUCAUUUAGAAACCUUCCCGUCAUUACCCCAAUUAUUAACAUUAUGUUAUAAUGGAUCUACAGCCCUUUUUGCCUUAUAUAUUCUAAGAGAUGUGAUAUAGGCUCUGUUAAUAAAAGGGACUUGUGACUAUAAAGCAGGAUAAACAGGUCUGAUACUUUUUCAUAAUAUUUUGUGGGAAUUAGUGGAUGCCAAGUGGCAAUUUGAACAUAAUUCCUAUGGAUUUGAGCCUGUUUUAUGACGUGUCUUUAUGUCAUAGGCUUGCCUCAGAUGUUUCUUUUUCAGCACUGAAAAAUGCAGGGUUUAUGAGAUCUACACAAAAGGAAGUGAGUAAAUAUAAUAAAACUCAAUGUUUAAGAGCUAUUUCUUUUCAAGUAAAACCUCUCUGCUUUGGCUUCACAUUGAAUGCGUAAGCCCUGGUGCAGAAGAUUACACAGCAAGAGCUGUGAGCACCUGCCACCUCAGCCAGCUUUUCUCCCUGGGAGACUCCUGGAAAACUUCUGGAACACAGAAGCAGCUGGGCUGGAUCUGGGACAGUGGCCAGGGGUGAACAGUAAUUGCCUUGGUGCACUGUCACUGCCUCCUGCCACACCCUCGCCCUUUGAUCGCCUUAACUAGACUGAACAGUUAAUCCUGUAGAGGCCCCUGCCCCCUGUGAUCAGUCUGUUCAGUCAUCAGGGAUUAUGACAGGAUGGUCAUCUCCAAGACCAUUUUCCUAAAGCAAGACCAAAAUCAUUGCUAUCAGAUGACUUUUGUCCCUUGAAAAGUUUGAUUUUUUUUGCCUAGCUUCAUGAGAGUUUUUUAAAAGUCAACUCCAGGAAAACAGGCUAGGAGGGUCUGUACUGUGACAAGAGUAUUCACAGAUACUCAACUCGAGCUCUCUAGGCAACUCCAUCUGCAGAACCUCCUCUGGAGGGUGAAAUGUUUGGGGAUUGUGGGGAGCAGGGGUCUGACCCUCAGUCCUCUGCUCCUUAGGUGCCUCAGACUAAGAGAAUACAGCAAACAGGAUGAUUCCCCUGCCUUUCAAAGUGGAUGCCUGUGGUUUGGUUUGAAUGCCAGGCAGAGACUAGGGCUUCUUGACUCUAGGGUGGCUUUGCCCUGCCAUCUCCUUCCACAGGAGUAGUGGGUCUGGAUUAAGGAACUACUCUGCCAUGGCCUUCCUCUGGCUGGGCAGGUAUAGCUUGUCACAGCCAACCUCUGAAACUAGGUCAGCCUACUGUGUGUGUCUCCCAGGCCACUUCCAUUUGGUGCCUGUGUUCACUGUGCCCCAAAGUGCAAUUACCUACACCCCUUCUCAGCCUGACGAAACCAGGCAGUUACAGACUGUCCACUCAGGGGAGCUGAACCGCGGGGUAGCCCUACCUGUACACCCUAGCAGCUUCUCAGGCAAGGCUUCUUGUCCCUUCCACUCUGACACUGGUGAGUGGUCGAGUGAAUGAAGCCUGGGAUAGAUUUUCGGAGGGGACCCUUCCGCUAUCCCCCUCAGUAGGACCCCUUGUGCUGAACACUGAGAUGUCUAUAGAGAGAAAAGUAUCCUUAGGUAGGAACUGCCCAUGGGUACCUACCCAUUGCAGCUGGUGACCCCUGUGGCAUAGGUACUUUGAUAUUCCCAACACUUAUGUUACUCCCAUGCCUAGCCAGAUUCCCAUGUGAAGUCCUCACCUUUCAUCUCAGCCUGCACCCCCCCACCCCCCCACCCCCCACACACACUACCCUAUGCUGAGCUCCUAGAUACUUGCUUGCUGCCUGUGUAUAGCCUGUCUCCACAUCCUUCCUUCUUGCCUCCCCUAGACUGGCAGACAGCUGCCCUCUUCUCUUUCUCUUUUCUUGCAGUUUCUAGCUGAGCUCCUGGACUCCCAUCUUAGUCCUAGCUGCAAUCUCUACCCACAGAUGGUAACCAUGGCUCGCUAAACCCUGGCAAGAUUGUGUUGCACUGCCAUCUAGUGGGACUGCCGCUCUGCCAGGUGCUCCUUUAGUCGGCCACCUUGCUCUCUAGGUUCUUCAGGAGGUCUUUCUCUCAGUUUCCCCUCAUUUUGUAUCUGGUUUUAGUGGGAGGGUGACACUUGGAUGAGCCUGUAGAAAUGUUGGAUGACCUUGCAGGUCUCAGACCAGGAGAGCUGGUACUUGUAGGCCAGGCCUGGGCGAGAGAUGUCACUCGCAAGCCCUCUCUGAUUUUGUCUUCAACCCCAAUACUAAGUACAACUCCAGGGAUUCCGCCUUUGAUUGCCGACAGUCAUGUGGCUUCUGUGCCCAAGCGUAAGGAUUUUCUGGAAGCGCUGUCAAAGGUCUCUUCUUACUUCAAGCCUCUAAUGUCUCUUCCUCUUUCGCUUCAGUCCCAUUUCCAGUCUUACAUUUCCAAGUGUUCAGGUGCACCUUACCCGACUGCAGACCUCCAUGCCCCUCCAGUUGGGCCAGUUUGGGAUCUUCAGGGAAGGCCUGCGCCGGUUGGGGCAUCUCCUGCUUGCUGCCUGGUGGUAGGAUGCAGGGCUGGGGGAAGCCAGGGAACUGGCGCCGGGGACCAGCCUGGUGCAAAUACACUUUGGAAAUUCUUUCCCUUUGGGUCUGCUCUGAAAUACGCAGCUUCCAUCUCUAGCCCAAGAGAUGACCAAAACAGGGAAGGAAAAAAGGAUUUAUCUUGAGAAGUAAUUAACUUGUGCAGCUCAUCACCCUAUUUAGAUGCAAUGUUUAUUGAAAGGUGAUUGUUAAUAAAAAACCAAAUUUACA